CACCUUUCAUGACGCAGCUCUGUAGCGAUGCUAGACUAAUUCCUGCCGCCAGCUAUAUACACACACAAACAAAAAAAUGUGUCUUUCUGUGCGCAUCAGGGUUCGUCUUUUUGAACAGGACAAAAAACGAGCUGCAUCGUUGGAACACGGACCAGUCUCUUCUGCCGCGCCCAUCGUCUAGGACUAACAGAGCAUCAAAUAAAAUGAUUCCUCGCGUGUGCUUGCUUGUGGUGAGCUAUUUAUGCGCGUUUACGCAGUCGUUCCCACUUGCGGAUUCUUCGGAUGCCGUUUUGAUCGAUUAUAAAACAGAUUCGCACACGCGUUUCGAAGAGGGCCAACCAGGAAAAGGUGUUAGAGGUUCCUACAGUUGGGUCAAUGACGAUAAAAUCUAUCAAGUAGAUUACACGGCCGAUGAAAACGGUUACAGACCACGUUUAAGUAUCAAAUCGCUUUCGAAACCGGAAUCUGAAGUAAAGCCAAUUGUUCAACAAGACAACGUCGUAGCUCAACCUGACUCGAAAAAGAAAGAUGUGCAACCAGCCAAAGAAGUUGUUGGAGCGGAUGCUAUUGUCAUUGAAAUCCCAAUUGCAGCUGAUUCUGUCGUCCAAAAAGAUAGCGUCCCCGUCCAAGCUACGCCGCCAGCGGAAGCUGAGGAAGUGAAUGCGGAUAAGGAAGUCGUGAGCCAUGACGUUGUUGCAAAGGCUCCAGCCGAACCUGUUGCAGUCCAGGAGACUAGCAAAGCAGAGCUACCAAAUGAAACUGGUAAAUCGAAACCGAGCGAUGUCGUUGCGGAUGAAACUGACGUGAAGAUUCCAGUCGUAUCUGAUCCGAUCGUGCCACAAGCCCAUAGUCAAGACAAACUCGAAACUAACGCGGAAGAGGUGAACCCAGAUCAAUUGAUUGUUGCGCAAGAAAUUGUCGUCAAUGUUCCAGCUCAGCCUGAGACUGAGCAAGACAACAGCCAAUCACAACCUGCGUCAUUAGAGGUAAUGACAGAAGUGAAACCGGUUCAACAAGUCGUCGAUGAAGACGUUGCUGAUAUUUCAUCAAUUCUCGAUGUUCAAGAGAGCGCUCUAGGGGAUAAUAAUCAAGACGUUCCUCUGUCACAGAAUGACGCCCAAGAAAUGAUUUUCGAGAUCGAUCCUUCCAUGUUUGACGUGCAAUCUGAUGAAAACCAAACUAAAGACGAGAUUUAUACUGACGACGCUGUAAUUGUCGACGCCGCUAUUGAUCCAAUGUCUUUGGGCGUUCUGGAUAACAUCGAUCAAUGGGAUCAAGUUCAUAGUCAAGACGAAGCGUCGUCGUAUCUCAACGCCAUGAUCAUGGACUACGCCAAUAAGAUGUACGGAAAUUCGAAACCUCAAGCUGAAAUUGAAGAGAUCAGUCGGCCCGAAGUUCGAGAUCAAGUUCAUCAACCGGAGCCGUUUUAUUACCAAGACGAAAAUGAUGAUUCGGCUUUAGAGUAUCAACGAGCGACGGUGGACGACUCCAAUCACGACGUAUAUUCCAUCUCUUUCGAUCAACUCUACAACAGUUUUCUUCAUCAUCUUCAAGUGGCCAAAGAAUACCGAGCCCGGUCGAAAGUCGACGAUGACAUAGAGGACCAGGCAGAGGCGAGUCGGGACUUGCAAUCCGCUUUUCGAUUGCUCGUGGACGUGGCUGAAACAUUCUCGCAGCAACUGCCGAUUCCCGAAAAGGAGAUGGCCAAUAUCGAAUCACGAAGUGGUUCAUAUGAUAAUUCACCAGAAGAUUCUAUUCUUGAAGAAUUAUAUUAUCAAAAGUGGCUCACUGAACAACAACCGACGUAUUACCUUGUGUAUCCAGAAACAGACGAUUAUUAUCGUUAAAUCGCUUGAAUAACCUGACUAACAUAAUUUAUACUUUUUUUUUUUAAAUGUCAAUGUCCCUUUUUUUAAUUUAAAUAAUUGUAAAAUUUUUGUCGUGGACCAAAAUCUGAAAAUCCAACGCUCACGAGAGCAAAUUCAACUGGUUCUUCAAUACAAACUGUUAGAGAACCUGA